UCAUAACCCAAACCAAAAUAACGACCAAUAAUUCUCGUCAUCCAUAUAAUCCAUCGUGUGGCAAAUAUUCGCAAAAGAAAAAAAAAGGAUUCAUUAAUUGUGGCAAAGAGAGCACACAAAAUCCACACACCCGCUCAGAAACAGAGGCUCUGCCCGAAGCGGGUGGUUGUCCUGGUCUGCCAAUGUGGCAGCUAACCAAUCUUCAUCGUGUGGACGUUACCAAUCUCCCUUCCUCCCUAAGCCAAUCCUCAAAAUUACCCAAUUUCCUGAUCACUCGUACUCCCACUAUAUAGUUCCUCACUUCAUCCCCUCCUCAUCACUGGUUCCCCAGAGCUCUCAAUCUCCAACAAGUUCACUCACUCACUCCAAAUCAUGGCCGCAACCGCCAUCUCCACCGUCGGCGCCGUCAACCGGGCUCCGUUGGCUUUGAACGGGUCGGGUGCCGGGUCAUCGGUGCCGACCUCGGCUUUCUUCGGGUCGACCCUGAAGAAAUUGGGGGGAGGAGUAAGGUCGUUCCCCAAGUCCGGGUUCAAGGUGGUCGCGGCGGCUGUCCCUGAGGACGUGGACGAGGAGAAGCAGACGGAUAAGGACAGAUGGGGACACCUGGCGACGGACAUGUCCGACGACCAGCAAGACAUCACCAGAGGGAAGGGGAUGGUGGACAGUCUCUUCCAGGCUCCGCAGAUGGCCGGGACUCACUACGCCGUCAUGAGCUCCUACGACUACAUCAGCAAGGGCCUGCGAACGUACGUAAUUCCUCUACUACACUAAUUACUCUGUUUUGUGUUUGUUUUCCUUUUUUGUUCAUAUGACUCGUCUUCUCGCCUAUUAUGGUGGCUAAUCUAGGUGACGUUGCAAUUUUAUGUUUGGAUAGUCUUCUAUUUACGGCAAUCAUUUCUAUGUUAAAUGACUAAUAAAAGGUUAAGCGACAAUCUGCAUGCUUUCUUUCAAUGAAUACAAUAAUCUACAUGUGUAUAGACUUGUCUUGUCUAUGUCCUCCGUGUUAUAGUGUUUGGAGUAAGUAAGCCUAGGAUAUAUUGAGGAUAUGAAUUAAGAUGUUUACUCUCUAUAGUCUAAGGAGUGUGAUAGGGACCAAAUCGCUUGGAUCUGAGUAGUAUUUGUUAGUAAGUGGUAUAUGAUUCAUAGUUAAAUAUUUCCGACAAUUUCAGUUAUUGUGUAAUCAACUAGUUUUUGACAUGGUUAGACAUGGUAAUGGGUUGACUUAUUGGACAUUUCGACCCAGUUGUUAUGAUCCAAAUGAGUGUUAGGUCAAAACCAAAUGGACCCAUAUGUAUUUUUAAUGGUUUCGAAUUUGAAUUGGGUUUCAAUUAGUUCCUAUUUUAGUCAAUUCAUUUGGGUUAACCACAAAUUGGUCUAGUUGAGUCUAAAUGAUUGUAUGUACCAAAGAACAAUAUCAACAAUUUUAUUAAACACAUUCAACCCAAUUAUACACUUUUAAUAUAUGUGUCUCCAGUCCACCUUUUUAUUUGUCUCAUAAUUAAAAAUAAGACAAAAAUGACAUUAUAAUCGGAUGCCAAUUUCUUUUAUACUUCCAAUACUAUGACUCCAAUUUAAACCUACACGAAAAAAUUGGAUAUGAGUAUGUCCCAAAAGUAAAAUUACACAAACUGGAUUUGAAACCUAAUAAGUUGUGUUUGGGCAAUACCCAAAGAUUGAUGAGUCUUUUUAAUUGCUAUUCCCUAAACAUGUUAUGAGAGUGUUAUGUGAUUGAGAGAUUUUCUUACUGUAUUAAAAGUGUGUUACUCAAGUUAUGGUGAUCCUCGUUUGACGAAAUGUGUUAAUCGAGCUAUUGAGAACAACUAGUUUUUUCACCGUAUUAAGAGUGUGGUAAUUCGAAGGCUCAGCAAGUGGUCAUUGUCACUGAUAGUUGGUUGUGCCAUACGUUGGCAGAUACGAUUUUGACAACACCAUGGGUGGUUUGUACAUUGCCCCUGCUUUCAUGGACAAGCUCGUCGUCCACAUCACCAAGAACUUCUUGAACCUCCCUAACAUUAAGGUUCCCCUGAUCUUGGGUGUCUGGGGAGGCAAAGGUCAAGGAAAAUCCUUCCAAGCUGAGCUCGUCUUCGCCAAGAUGGGAAUCAACCCAAUCAUGAUGAGCGCCGGAGAGUUGGAGAGCGGGAACGCCGGAGAGCCAGCGAAGCUGAUCAGGCAGAGGUACCGUGAGGCCGCCGACAUCAUCAAGAAGGGGAAAAUGUGCUGCCUCUUCAUCAACGAUCUCGACGCCGGUGCCGGCCGUAUGGGCGGGACCACCCAGUACACGGUCAACAACCAGAUGGUCAACGCCACCCUCAUGAACAUCGCCGACGCGCCCACCAACGUCCAGCUCCCCGGCAUGUACAACAAGGAGGAGAACGCCCGUGUCCCCAUCAUCGUCACCGGUAACGACUUCUCCACCUUGUACGCCCCUCUCAUUCGUGACGGGCGUAUGGAGAAGUUCUACUGGGCCCCGACCAGGGAGGACCGAAUCGGAGUAUGUACCGGUAUCUUCAGGACCGACAAUGUCCCGAAGGACGAUAUCGUCAAGCUCGUCGACGCCUUCCCUGGCCAAUCCAUCGAUUUCUUCGGGGCGCUGAGGGCUAGGGUGUACGACGACGAGGUGAGGAAGUGGAUCUCAGGAGUGGGAGUGGACACGAUCGGGAAGAAGCUGGUGAACUCCAAGGACCCGCCGCCGACGUUCGAGCAGCCGACGAUGACAUUGGAGACGCUGAUGGGGUACGGGAACAUGCUGGUGCAGGAGCAAGACAAUGUGAAGAGAGUGCAGUUGGCUGACCAGUACUUGAACGAGGCUGCUCUUGGCGAUGCCAACAAGGAUGCCAUGGAGAGCGGGACUUUCUACAGUUAGAUCCAAAAGCGGGUGACUUUGAUCCAAACUGCAAGGAGUGAUGAUGGAAGCUGUUGCCUUUAUCAGUUCUGAAUUUGUGAAAUUUUAAGGUCCUUUUUUUCUGCUUCUUCUAGGAGGGGUUUGUUGGGCGGAUUUGCAGAGGAUCAAGGGCUGUAUGUUACGUUAUAUCCCUUCUUAUUUACGGAUUGGUGUUUUUUUUCUUCUUCUUUUUCUUCAUGUAUUCAAGAAAACAUAUAUUAAUGUUGUUAAUUAUGUUCUUCUCUUCGUCUUUAUGGAUUCUCUUUCGUUCUUUUUUGUACUUGUUGAUGUUUCGUUGAUCGGGAUCUAAAAUGAGUGUUGAUCACUAUACACUUCUUAA